AUGCUGUUUCCCGAGGAGGAUGCGCCGCAGCUCAAGACCUGGAUAGUCAAGCGCAUCGAGAACACAUCCGAUGCCGACUCCGACGUUCUAGCAGACUAUGUCAUUGCUCUUUUAAAGCAUGAUGGCGACCAAGCUGCUAUUCGCAAACUCUGCGAGGAGGAAAUUCCAGAUUUCCUGACGGAAGACUCAAAGGCCUUUGUCGAUGAUGUCUUUCAAGCCAUUGCAGAUAAAUCCUACAUGCCCGGUGCAACCCCGGCGCCCAAGUUGCCCUCCGCAAGCAAUUCCCAAACUCCUGCAAAUCUGCCACCGAGACCCUCAAAUUCGAGAAAACGCGGAUUCGACGACGGCAGGGACGAGCACAACUACAACAGUUAUUCACGACACGGCGAGCGAGCUCAUAAGCAGCUUCGACGGGGAGGGCGUCGUAACGACAACUACAGUGGCUUCGCACCACCAAUAGGUAUGGGUACAGGUCUGCCACCUUUCGACACGAGCAAUCCAAUGGAGGCGUUCUUGAGAAUGCAUACUAUGAGUAUGCCAUUCCCUGGCAUGCCAGACUACAGCGGCCAUGGACCCGAUACCAGACAGCGCAAGCGCGGACGAUGCAGAGACUUUGAUAGCAAAGGCUACUGCUCGCGCGGAAGCACCUGUCUGUACGACCAUGGGCAAGAAACAGAUGUGUUCGGAGACUUUAACUUCGGCGAUGGAUUCAUGGAUAUGGCACAUAUGAUGUCCCGUGGACCACAGUUCAUGGGUGAUGCGCCUCGUGGCGGGCGAGCAGGGCGAGCCGGGAAGAAGAACCGAGGAGGUAAGAACUCCUCCCGAGGCUCGAGGGCAGCCUUUUCCGCAGAAGGGCCUGUACAGGAUCGGUCAAAAUCGACAAUCGUGGUUGAGAACAUCCCCGAGGAAUGCCUUUCCGAAGAGCGAGUCCGCGACUUUUUUGCGCAAUUCGGCAAUAUCCAACAAGUGACGAUGCAAACCCACAAACAUCUCGCCAUUGUCAAAUACAAUAGCUGGGAUGAAGCCAGCGCAGCUUACAAGUCCCCCAAAGUUAUAUUCAACAACCGAUUCGUCAAAGUCUUCUGGUAUAAGGACGAGAUCAAAGGUCCAAACGUACGUGGCACAAAAUUCGGGGCUAGUGGACUCGAAGAUGGCUCGAAUGGCGGAGACGACGUUGGCCCAGCACCGGAGCUUGAUGCAGAAGAAUUUCAAAGGAGGCAAGAAGAAGCACAAAGGUCACAUGAAGAGAAGGAAAGCAAGCGCUCUGAGCUCGAAUUGAAGCGCCAAGAACUCGAGAAACAACAGCAGGAGCUACUAGCGAAGCAUCGUGCCGAGACGGAAAGGUUGCAGGCAAAACUAUAUGCCAAAUCGAGCAGCGGCAACGGCGGCGGCACAACCGAUGAAAACGGCCCGCCGACUGGAUCGACAGACAUGCUGCGGGCGAAACUCGCGCUCCUCGAGCAAGAAGCCAAGAUCCUGGGCAUCGAUCCCGAAAACCCAGACACCGAGGAGGGCAGCUUAGGAGGUUUUCGUGGUGGCUACAGAGGGAGAGUCUAUCGUGGCCGAGGUUCAUUUGCCAGAGGUGGUUUUGCACCGCGCGGUCGAGGGUCUUUCAGAGGCAGCGGAGAACGGCAUGCUGCCUAUGCGCAGUUCUCCAUAGACAACAGGCCCAAGAAGGUUGCUAUUGCCGGGGUUGAUUUUACGUCUACGGAGAAGGACGAGGCAUUACGCCAUUUCCUCAUUAGCAAUGGCGACUUUGAAUCUGUCGAGAGCGGUGCUGAAAAGACAAUGGUGUCGUUCCCCGACCGCAAGACGGCAGAGAAGUUCUACUUUUCCCUACAAGGCAAAGAGUUGCCGGGCAUUUCCGGCAAGUUGGAGCUGUCCUGGGUCAACACGCCACUUCCACCUGUGGGAACUGGCGGCGCAUCCUCAGCGCCAGCCGGCCCGUCGGCAAUCGGCAAGGCAGCGGCUGAAUCUGAGGACGUCGGCGAAGACUUUGGCAACAUGGAAGAUCAAGAAGGGGAAUAUGCAGGCGUAGGCAAGGCAAGGCAAGACGAGCCAAAGCGAGAGGUAAAUAUGGAUUAUGAAAUGCCUGACGAAGAGGCAUGGUAG